GAACCUCCUGAGUUGUAUCCAAGAGAUAGAUUCUAGGUUGACGGCUGACAGAGAAUAUAAUGUAGCAUUUCCUCCUCAAGACAGUAUUCAAUGCUGGACUGACAAACUGCAGCAACUUUCCAUGCAGUGCGUGAUGGUUCUUGAGGAGCUGUCCUGGUUUAUACAAUGCUGCCCAAAAGAAGAGUUAAAGUGCAGCAACAAUGAAAGGACAGAUGUCAAAACAAACGUUUUUCAGAGUUCAGGACCUGAGAUGGGAAAUGUUUUUACGGGAAUACCUGACCUAAUUCCGUCAGAGCUAAAGUACCUAACUCCAGUAACAAUUGAGCAGCUGCCUCCUGGAUGCAGGAUGCGAAGUAAGGAUCAGUUAUGGCUGCAGGUCUCUACACAAUUGACUGCAAUGCUGGCAAACGUGAAGGCGAUGAAAGCAGAAGUGGACAAAAUAAGACAACAGUCAUGUGAGACCUUGUUUUAUUCCUGGAGAGAUUUUGAAGUUUGCACAUCAGCCAUGAGUUGUUUGCUGGAAGUCUCAGCUCAGUUACAAGGCAUAGAGUCCCUGUUUCUUCCAAAUGCGGAAGGUGGUAGGCAAGCUGCAAAUCAGAUGACCCUAAUCAAGAGCCUGAAGUAUAUACAAGAAGUAGUUAAUAACACAUCUGCAGACUUCAUAGCCUGGAGAACACAGCUUCUUGCUUCCGUGUCAAAUUGCAGUGGAAAUCAACAGUCAGAUGAAGAGCUUGUGGAGCAGUCAGAUGAAGAGCUUGUGGAGCACUUCUCAGCAAAAGUGGAAACUGUUAUCCGUGUUGUUCUGUAUGCCAUCCAGUGCUUGGUUGAGAGAAAACAGGGUGAUGGAGAAGAGGAAGAAAAAUCUCCGGAGGAAAAUGAGGAUACAGCCUCAUUUGACGUGAUUAAAGCAGGACAUAUAACUAAGCUUUUGGAUGAAGAUCUCUCUGCGGAUUUGGAUUCUUUGCAUGUGCAGAAAGCUAUUUUAGCUGUUUCAGAACUCCUGGAGAGCCUGAAAUCUUACGGGGAAAAUUACACUUCAGAUAAACAAAAGUUCCUCAACCAGACCUGCUAUUUGCUGGUGCGUCUAAAGCCUAUGCUCUGCAAGUAUUCAGACCUCAUCCUGUUCUACCUCACUGUUUCACUGGCAUCUCACAGGAGUACUGGAAAACUGCUUUCUGUUCUAACUAGCAUUUUUACAGAGCUUGCCCAAAAGGGGUUUUGUCUGCCAAAAGAAUUACUUGAAGAUGAAGCUGGAGAGGGAGCAACACAGUUUCAUGAUUACGAGGACGGUGGUAUUGGAGAUGGGGAAGGCAAGAAGGAUGUGAGCGACAAAAUAGAAAGUGAAGAUCAGAUAGAAGACAGCUUUCGAAAGGGUGAAGAGGAGAAAGAGGAUCAAGAUUCUAAACCAGAUAUUGAAGGAGAAGACAAUGCAAUUGAAAUGUCAGAAGACUUUGAAGGAAAAAUGCAUGAUGGAGAACGGGAGAAAAAAGGUUUGGUCCUUUCACUAUGUGUCGAGGAUUCAGAGCUCGUUGCGAAAGAUGACAAUUUGGGCACAGGGAACAAGGAUAAUAAAAAACAGCCUCCCAAGGAUGAGGAAGAAGAGCAACAAGAUGAUGACAGUGGAAACAAAGAGAAAAUUCAUGAACAAAUUGAUGAGCGGGAGUAUGAUGAGAAUGAAAUAGAUCCUUAUCAUGGCCAGCAAGAAAAGCAGCCUGAAGUUGAACCUUUGGACCUUCCUGAUAAUUUGAACCUGGAGAAUGAUGAGAAGAGUGAUGAGGAGGAAGAGGAUGAAGAAGAAGAGAAUGCUUUUGAAGUAGACGAGAAACCUGUUGAUUUAAGUGAGACAGAGAAGACAGAAGAACAGAAUGAAGAGGAUACUGGUGAGACAGAAAGAGAUGAUCAAGAUGCAGAACCAGCAGAAGAAGGCGUUUCUGAAGAUAAAGAGGAGAAGGAAGAAGAGGGGGACAAAGAUGCUGAUGAUCAAGAAGAAAGUGCAGGGAACACUGAGGAUGCAGCAGAAGAGGAAGAGUCAAAACCACCUGAUGAGGAAAAAAAUGAAUCUGCUGAAGAGAAGAGAAUCCCCGCUGCUGACCAAGGCUUUCAACCUCAGGAAGAAGAGGGUAAAGAUAAUUCAGAGAUGGAUGAACAGAUCCCUGAGCCUGAGGAACGAAUGGAGCAUGAAACACAAGGGCAGACUGGGCAAGAAAACCUGCAGAGUGACAGUGCUGUCGAGCUGGCUGGAGAGGCUUCAGAAAGAGACCAGUCUAAAGAGAGUUUCAAGAGGAAACUUGGUCAGGCAGACAAUGAGCGCUCAAUGGGAGAUCACAACGAACAUGUUCACAAGCGACUGAGAACCAUAGAAUCCAGCAGUGAAGCAAAGCAGGAUACAACUCAGCCUAAACAAAACGUGGAGGAGGCUGAUGCAUUUGAACAUAUUAAACAAGGCUCUGAAUGCUAUGAUGCACAGACAUACGACGUAGCUAGCAAGGAGCAAGAGAAACCUAUUAUGCCUCUUGAAGAAAAGGAAGAGGGAGAUUCUGAAGAUGCAGCUAUGGAAACAGAAACGCACAACAAUGAGGAUCUCAUAGCAGUAGACACAGAGGAGCUGAAGCCAGAAAAAAAGACGACUACUGCCUCUAAAACUCCUGGACCAGGUGAAGUGGAGCAAGAGGUCCAGACUUUUGACUCAGAGGAAGUCAAUGACUCUACAACAGAAAAGCUACCAAAGGUGACUGAAGAGAAGCCAGAGAGAAGCAAGGACUCGACCAUACAUACAGCCCAUCAGUUUUUGAUGGACACUCCCCAGCACAUCGUCAGAGAUCCUGAAGAGCUAAGAAAGGAACUUGAAAGGCAAUUGGAAGCUUGGCAGACACAGCAGUCUGGAACUCCAGAUGAGGAGAAGGAAGCAGCACAGCUGUGGCAGAGGUAUUUAGUACUGACAGCUCCUCUAUCACAGCAGCUCUGUGAACAGCUGCGACUCAUACUGGAACCUACUCAGGCAGCCAAACUGAAAGGAGACUACAGAACAGGGAAGAGACUGAACAUGCGCAAAGUGAUUCCUUAUAUUGCCAGUCAGUUCAGAAAAGAUAAGAUCUGGUUGCGAAGGACCAAGCCCAGCAAACGACAGUACCAGAUUUGCCUGGCUAUUGAUGAUUCCUCUAGUAUGAUAGACAACCACUCUAAACAGCUUGCAUAUGAAUCCCUGGCAGUUAUUGGAAAUGCACUGACUCUUCUAGAAGUGGGACAAAUCGCUGUGUGUAGCUUUGGAGAGACUGUUCAGCUGCUGCACCCAUUCCACGAACAGUUCAGUGACCAGUCAGGGACACGGAUAUUGCGUCUUUGCAAAUUUCAGCAGAAGAAAACAAAAAUAGCCCAGUUUCUAGAAUCAUCAGCAAAUAUGUUUGCUGCAGCACAGCAGUUGUCUCAAAAUAUUAAUCCAGAAACAGCACAGCUGCUUUUGAUUGUAUCUGAUGGAAGAGGCCUUUUCUUGGAAGGCAAGGAACGAGUGACAGCAGCAGUUCAAGCAGCUCAGAAUGCCAACAUCUUUGUUAUUUUCGUAGUGUUGGACAAUCCUAAUUCCCGGGAUUCCAUUUUGGACAUUAAAGUACCUAUAUUCAAAGGGCCUGGAGAAUUGCCUGAAAUCAGAUCUUACAUGGAGGAAUUCCCAUUCCCUUUCUACAUGAUCCUUAGAGAUGUGAACGCGCUUCCGGAAACUCUCAGUGAUGCACUCAGACAGUGGUUUGAACUGGUGACUGCCUCAGACACUUUGUAGACUUUGUGGACAAAGUCAAUACACAAUGGCUGCUAAACCGCUGAAGUACAUGAAACGGCAUUUCAUCGGAGAGUUCAUGAGGUCUCUUCCUAACUAGGAUUAAUGUGCAGGAGCUGCCCUCUUGGCAGUCAGACUAAGAACAAAAGGAUUUAGGUGUGUUCUCCCAUGUUUGUGAGAGGACAAUUAUGCAAUGCUGAGACUGUCGUCUUCUUUCAUUGCCUAUU